UAUCUGUUUAAACACUGUACAACUUUCUGUUUUGCAGAACCUCCAGCGUCAGUGACAAAGUCAGUUUGGGUCUGGGCCGGCAAUACUACAGUACUGAGGUGUCUCCAUGAUCCCAAGGACAGUUUGAUAAUGGUCACAUGGAAGGUGCCCCUACUAUAUAAUUCUCACUGUUCCCUGUCACUGAGUUGGGAAAACCUGACCAAGAACAACUGCAGUGAGAGGAUGAGACAGGAGAAUACGUCCCUCAGGAUAGAGAAUACGGCAGUAACAGACCAAGGCAACUACUCCUGUGAGAUUGUAACUGCCCUUGGGACCUUCCUCACCUCCGUUUUAUUAGAAGUGUUAGUUCAGCCUUCAGUGACGUUGGAGCUAAACAAACUUGGGGUUCCUGAGUGCCGGGCACAUGGGGGGAAUCCAGCAGCAAAUAUGUGGUGGACGCCAGAAGCAGUUGGUUCCAUCAGUACAAACACAGCAAUGCAGCCAGAUAGGAGCUGGACAGUUACCAGCACAUACACUGUAACCAGCAACAAUGUCACCCAAGUCACUUGUCUUGUGUCUCAUCCCACAUUUGUACAACCUCACGUCUCAUCCAUCAGAAUAUCCAGCAGCUUGGGUCUGUCAUUAUUUCUGUAUGAAUUAAAUUAA